GAAUUUUGGGAGAAGACUCCGAUUUGGGAUUUUUAUGCACUUGACGAGCGUAAGGAGAAAAAUUUUGUAGCAAUUUUAGAUUCCCGGAGAUGGCUUCUCGUAAUCAGAACCGUCCUCCUCGCAGUCCAAACGCUAAAAAGGAGGGUCUCGGUGGCAUUCCAUUUGACAAGCGAAGGAAAGUGGAAACGCAAGGGACUGGGAGAAGACAAGCGUUUUCGGCUGUGAACAAACAAGAUGUCACGAUGAACAGCGAUGUGGGGAGCAUAGAAGAAUGUGGUAAAGUUGAGUUUACAAAAGAUGAAGUAUUGGCGUUGCUCAGUGAGAGAGCAAAAGCUGGAAAGUUUGAUACAAAGGCUAAGAUUGAGCAAAUGACGGAUAUUAUCAAGAGGCUGAAGGUUUGUGUUAAAUGGUUCCAACAAGCUGAUGAAACCCAUGUCCAAGAGAAGGAAAGUCUGAAGGUUUCUUUGGAAUCUGCAGAACAAAAAUACAACCACAAAGAGUUGGAGGCUAGGACAAAAGAAGAAGAGCUACAGGCUACUAUAUCAAAUUUGAAAGAGAAUGUAGUGUCACUACAUGAAAAGCUUGCAAAGGAGGAGUCUUGUAAACAGGAUGCCAUUGAAUGUCACAGAAGAGAAAAAGAAUCUAGAGUUGCAGCUGAGAAAGUGCAGGCUUCUCUUGGAGAAGAACUUGAUAAAGUUAAAGAAGAGAAAAUGGCUGCCAAGCAGAAGGUGACAUCACUUGAGGAUAUGUACAAAAGGCUGCAAGAGUACAACACAAGUUUGCAACAAUAUAACAGCAAACUCCAGACUGAUCUUGAAACAGUUCGAGCUGCACUCACACGUGCUGAAAAAGAGAAGUCAAGCAUCCUGGAGAAUCUUAGUACACUAAGGGGUCACAGCAAGUCGCUGCAGGAUCAAUUAGCUUCAAGCAGAGUUUUGCAAGAUGACGCUAUAAAACAGAAGGAUUCAUUGCUUUUGGAAGUUACUAAUCUCCGGAAUGAGCUCCAACAAGUUAGGGAUGACCGUGAUCGCCAAGUUGUACAGUCACAGAAGCUGGCUGAGGAGAUCGGGAAAUACCAGGAGAAUGUCGGAAAGUCAUCGCAAGAGCUAGACAUCUUGAUAGCAAAAUCAGGAUCGUUGGAGGAGACAUGUUCGUUGCAAAAGGAGCGUAUAAAUAUGUUAGAGCAGCAAUUAGCAAUCGCCAGUGAAAGGCAAAAGAUGGCAGAUGCAUCAGUAUCUCUUACUAGAACAGAGUUUGAGGAGCAGAAGCAUCUACUGUGCGAACAACAAGACCGCCUUGCAGACAUGGAGCAUCAACUGUGUGAGGCAGAGUUAUUGCGGAAGAAGCUUCAUAACACUAUUCUUGAACUAAAAGGAAAUAUACGGGUCUUCUGCCGAGUGCGCCCCUUGUUACCAGACGAUGGAGGACGACAUGAAGCAACUGUGAUAGCCUAUCCUACUUCAACAGAAGCUCGAGGAAGAGGUGUUGAUUUGGUUCAGAGUGGGAACAAACAUCCUUUCACCUUUGACAAAGUUUUCAAUCACGAAGCUUCCCAGGAGGAAGUAUUUUUUGAAAUAUCUCAACUAGUACAGAGUGCAUUGGAUGGCUAUAAGGUUUGUAUCUUUGCCUACGGUCAGACAGGUUCUGGCAAGACCUACACCAUGAUGGGCAGGCCUGAGACGCCAGAACAGAAAGGUCUGAUCCCUCGAUCGCUUGAACAGAUAUUCCAAGCCAGUCAAUCACUCGGUGCACAAGGCUGGAAGUACAAAAUGCAGGUAUCGAUGUUGGAAAUAUAUAAUGAGACCAUCAGAGAUUUGCUCUCUACAAAUCGAACAACUUCUAUGGAGUUGGUGCGAGCAGACAGUGGCACCUCAGGAAAGCAAUAUACAAUCACUCAUGACGUAAAUGGACACACCCACGUCAGCGACUUGACCAUAUUUGAUGUGUGCAGCAUUGGAAAGAUAUCCUCACUCUUGCAGCAGGCUGCUCAGAGCAGGUCAGUAGGGAAGACUCAAAUGAAUGAGCAAUCAUCUAGAAGUCAUUUCGUGUUUACUAUGAGGAUUUCAGGUGUUAAUGAGAGCACUGAACAGCAGGUACAAGGUGUUCUCAACCUAAUAGAUCUUGCUGGAAGCGAGAGGCUAUCAAAGAGUGGGGCAACUGGAGAUCGAUUAAAAGAGACACAGGCUAUAAACAAAAGUUUAUCAGCUUUGAGUGAUGUUAUCUUUGCAUUGGCUAAGAAAGAAGAUCAUGUUCCUUUCAGAAACUCAAAGCUAACAUAUCUGCUCCAGCCUUGCCUAGGAGGAGAUUCGAAGACCUUGAUGUUCGUAAACAUUUCGCCUGACCCAUCUUCCGCUGGAGAGUCUCUUUGCUCACUCCGGUUUGCUGCAAGAGUGAAUGCGUGUGAAAUUGGCAUACCUAGGAGACAAACUUCAACAAAGCUCCUUGACUCUCGCUUAAGCUACGGCUAAAAAUGUUCAGAAGAUCUGCCAAUUAUUGAUUCACAGCUCUUCUCUUGUGGGUUUCGACACAUCAAUCUCUUGUCUUGUAACCUCUCAAACCCCAUUACUAACAAUUGUUUCGGGAUCCUUAUGAUUGUGGAGCAGCUUGCUGUCUUAGCAAUGUGGCCAUCUCCAUGUUGUAUGAGAAACAUAAUCUUCUGCUAUUGAAUGUUUAAUGUAUUGUUUUUCGGAUUGCAAGUGUCUUAUCUG